GUUUCAAACCCUUUCCCUCAAUCAUCGAUUUUUCUUUUCCCCAAUUAAAAAACAGAAAUUCCAAUUCCAUUUCUAGUACCCAAUUUAUAAUAUUCCACUUUCCAUUUCGGCUUAAAACCGACCCGAACGGAGCACAAAUUUUCUCUUCUCGAUCUGUUCGCCUUAGGAGAGAUCUGAGGAGAGGAUACAGAGAAUAUGGCGCACAGAGUAGAUCAUGAAUAUGAUUAUCUGUUCAAGAUCGUUUUGAUCGGUGAUUCCGGUGUGGGAAAAUCGAAUAUUCUUUCCAGAUUUACCAGAAAUGAAUUCUGCUUGGAAUCCAAAUCCACUAUUGGUGUCGAGUUCGCCACGAGAACUCUUCAGAUUGACGGUUGCGUGAUGAAAGACAGUAAAGGCACAAAUUGGGAUACGCAGGUCAGGAGAGGUACCGCGCUAUCACAAGUGCUAUUACAGAGAGCUGUUGGUGCCCUUUCUAAGUCUAUGACAUUACAAAAAGGCCAAACUUUUUUUGACAAUGUUCAAAGGUGGCUUCGUGAGUUGAGGGACCAUGCAGACUCUAACAUUGUCAUCAUGAUGGCUGGAAAUAAGUCUGACUUGAAUCAUCUCAGAGCUGUCGCGGAAGAAGAUGGUCAGGGCUUGGCAGAGCGGGAAGGUCUCUCAUUUCUCGAGACAUCAGCAUUGGAAGCAACCAAUGUUGAGAAGGCAUUCCAGACCAUAUUGACAGAGAUAUACCAUAUCAUAAGCAAGAAAGCAUUGGCAGCACAGGAAGCAGCUGGCAAUUCUACCCUUCCUGGUCAAGGAACCACUAUUAACGUUGCCGAUUCCUCUGCGAAUUCAAAGAGAGGUUGCUGUUCUACAUAAGACUGUAAUUUGAGGAUGGAUAAGCAUUGCUAGCCAGCAGUCUUUUUUCUUUUUAAUUAUAUUUUACCUUUUUCUUUAAAAAAAUUUUCUUUUUCAAUUUUUGGGCGGAGGGAGGGAGACAUGUAGAUUACCAUCUUUUACUUGAAAUGAGUUUGUGAAAUUGGAGAAAAGAAACAGUUCCUUAGAAUAUCAGGAUGUCUGUUCUGUUCUUUUGUUGUGUUUAUUUCUUGUAUGUUACUUAAAAGGAAGGUGGAACUGACUGAUAGGAGGGAUGUAGAGUGAGAUCACAUUAUUUUCUCAAUUGUGGUGUAAAACCAUAGAAAGGGGCAGCAUUUAGUACUAUUGGUGUUGUUUGUUGAGCUACUUCUUAACUUGUAAUGAAAGCUUUAUUACCCUUUUAACA